CAGUGGCAGCCCUAUAAGCACACUGAGAAGCUGGAGUAGUCACUUCUUUUUCUUUCAGUCUCCUGCUCACUUCGCUGCUCGCCAGGUUUCAAAAUGGAUGGCUCAGGGGGGGCCUACCUAAAUGUGGAUGCCAUUUGGUCCAAAGUGGGAUUUGUACGCUUGCUGCAGAUGUUAUUCGGUUGUACAACUUUCAGCCUAGUGCUGCACCGUGCCGGCUUCAGUGCAGCUCAUGGGACAUUCUGCGUGUUUGUCUGGGCCUUUUGCUUUGCCCUCACAAUUCUUAUUGUUACUUGUGAGCUGACAAGGCUUCAGUCAUGCCUGCGUAGCAUUUCCUGGGGUAACUUCACUGCUGCUUAUGCCAUGCUAGCUACCCUCAUGACUCUCACAGCUGCUGUAAUAUACCCUCUGUACUUCACAUCUUUGAACUGUUCCUCUAGUGACUGUAGUACCAAGUAUUUCCGUCUGGCUGUCAGCGUUUGUGCUGCGUUACUGUUUGUGGCUUAUGCUGUGGAAGUGUUCCUGACCCGGGCCAAACCUGGUCAACCUUGCAGUUAUAUGGCAACUGCUUCUGGACUCUUAAAAGUUGUCCAAGCUUUUUUGGCUUGUGUCAUUUUUGGAGCCUUGGCAAGUGAAAGCCAGUACAAGAAAUUUGUGGCAACUCAGUGGUGUGUCGCUGUGUAUAGUUUCUGCUUUGCUGUCACCAUGGUGGUGAUUAUACUGAAUAUUACUGGACGUGCACUAAGCCUACGUUGCCCCUUUGAGCGCUUUGUAGUUAUAUACACUGUACUGGCCAUUUUGAUGUACAUGAGUGCUGCAGUCAUAUGGCCGGUAUAUUUCUUUGACAGCAAGUAUGGAUCACCAAGAAGGCCAUCACGCUGCACCUGGGGACAAUGCCCAUGGGACAGUCAGCUGGCAGUUACUAUUUUCACACACAUCAAUUUGAUACUGUAUAUUGCAGACUUGGUAUAUACACAGAGGCUACGCAUUGUGGCUCAGCGCUGAAUACAAGGGACAAGUCACUUUAAGGGAAAUGGGGACCAGUGUCAUGAUGCUGACACAAACUGCUAUGGGCAGGAACAGAAAAGUGACAGUACACACUCAAGCCAUCUAAAGAAAAUAAUCUUUGUACUUGUUGCUCUUAUUUUUUAACAUUCAAAAAUAUUUAUUUUAAAUGGUGAUGGUUUUGUCAUUGCAUAAAAUAUCUGAAAUCCAUGUGGUGUUUGAAUGGACUUAUUGGUAACCGUGUAACAAAUGUGAGGAUUUUCUUAAUGGGAUUACAACAGCUUUACAACAAGGAUGCCAGGAGCAGUUUUUGUAGAAAAGAAAGUAGGUAGCAAGAAAAAAUUAAAUCUUCUCCUUAAAAAUAUCAAAUACAGUUUCAAAGUAAGUUAUGGUAAAUGUGUUGCUACUGUUUUGCUUGCUUUUGUCAUAAUUCAACAUUUGUAAAAAAAAAAUGGAGGUCUCAUUUAUGAAAGGAAAUGUGUGGAUCUAUAACCAUUAUUUCUGUUUCCAUCCCGACUCCCUACUCCUAUUUUGCUUGCUUUUCUCAUUAGAAUUCAACAUCUGUAAAAAAAAUGGAGGUCUGAUUUAUGAAAACAAAUGUGUGAAUCUAUAAAAAUUAUUACUGUUUCCA